ACUGCUUUCUGCGAUACACAAAGAUUUUCGAUCAAACAAUCAAGCGGCAAAAGUUUUUGUUUAAAGAAUAUUUUAAUAAUUAUCAAUCAUGAAAAUCGAAGAAGUUAAAAGUACUGCUAAAACACAGAGAAUUUCUGCUCAUACACAUAUUAAAGGUUUGGGUUUAGAUGAAAAUGGAGUGGCAAAUCCAAUGGCAGCGGGACUUGUUGGUCAAGAAAUGGCUAGAGAGGCUGCCGGAAUUGUUGUGGAUAUGAUAAGAUCGAAAAAAAUGGCAGGAAGAGCUGUUCUUUUGGCAGGUCCACCAGGUACUGGAAAAACGGCAAUUGCCCUUGCAAUAGCACAAGAAUUAGGUAAUAAAGUGCCAUUUUGUCCAAUGGUUGGCUCUGAGGUUUAUAGUUCGGAAAUUAAAAAAACUGAAGUACUUAUGGAGAAUUUCCGUCGGGCAAUUGGACUUAGAAUUAAGGAGACAAAAGAAGUUUAUGAGGGUGAAGUCACUGAAUUAACACCAAUUGAAACUGAAAAUCCAAUGGGCGGUUAUGGUAAAACAGUGUCACAUGUUAUUGUUGGAUUAAAAACAGCAAAAGGAACAAAACAAUUAAAAUUAGAUCCAUCUAUUUAUGAAUCAUUGCAAAAGGAAAAAGUUGAGACUGGCGAUGUAAUUUAUAUUGAGGCAAAUAGUGGUGCUGUUAAAAGACAAGGCAGAAGUGAUAAUUUUGCCACUGAAUUUGAUUUAGAAGCCGAGGAAUAUGUUCCUUUACCCAAAGGUGAUGUUCACAAAAAGAAGGAAGUCAUUCAAGAUGUUACUUUACAUGAUUUGGAUGUUGCAAAUUCAAGACCACAAGGUGGACAGGAUAUUAUGUCAAUGAUGGGACAAUUAAUGAAACCAAAGAAAACGGAAAUUACAGAUAAAUUAAGAAAAGAGAUAAACAAAGUGGUGAACAAAUAUAUUGAUCAAGGAAUUGCAGAAUUAGUUCCCGGUGUUUUAUUCAUAGACGAGGUGCAUAUGUUAGAUAUUGAAACAUUUACAUAUUUGCAUCGUGCAUUGGAGAGUGCAAUUGCUCCAAUUGUAAUAUUUGCAACAAAUCGUGGUCAAUGUAUUAUUCGUGGAACGGAAGAUAUUGUUUCAUCUCAUGGAAUACCAUUGGAUUUAUUGGAUCGUCUAUUGAUAAUAAAAACUUUGCCUUAUGCAAAAAAUGAAAUUGAACAAAUUGUUAAAUUACGAGCAACAACGGAGGGAUUACAAAUUGAUGAUGAGGCACUUACAACACUUGGUGAUCUUGGAACAAAAACAACACUUCGUUAUGUUGUACAACUUCUCACGCCAUCGGCAUUAAUUGCCAAAGUUAAUGGAAGGACGAAUAUAAAAAAAGAGGAUGUCGACGAAGUGGAAAAUCUUUUCCUUGAUGCAAAAUCAUCGGCAAAAAUUCUCACUCAACAGGCUGGCAAAUUUAUGAAAUAGUUUUGUUUGUUUUUUUUUUCUUUUCACCCAAAAAAAUUUAGUUAUAAAAAUAAUUUCUUAAAAUGAACUUUAAAGAAAAAUAGAAAUUUAGAAAUAUUUUCAUAGAGAAUUUAAGAAAAUAGUUCUUGGCUGAGUAUUUUUAAGUUUUGAAUGACGAAUCAUUUAACGACGUACAAAAAUGUUAGAAAAAUAAUUUCCAUAAGGUUUUCAUAAAUGACUAUUUUUUUAAUUUCUUCAAAUACACUCCAGAAAUUUAGUUUUGUUAUGGAAUUUCAACGAAAUAAUUUAUUUUAAUUUACAAUUUCAAUUUGAAUAAAAAUUCAUAUAAUUGUUUAAA